CAUUUAAAGAGAUCAUGGAGGAGGAGGGCUGUCUUUAAAGCUCGCUACAUUUGUGAACUGAUGCCUCCGACUAUGACGAACAGCAACUCCCCCACAUUUCAACUCUGACCUCAACGAUUUGCAGAGAAACAGUAAGUGAGAGAGAGAGAGAGAGAGAGAGAGAGAGAGGGGGAAAAGACAGAGGGAGGUGGGCUUGAGGACUUCUUGUUCCAGUCAGGCAGUGGUGGCUCUUCUAGUUGAGAGACGGUCUUGGUAAGCUCAAGCAAAGCCACUGACGAGUCAGCUCCGAGCAGCACUGUCCGGAGAAUCUAAGCUUUCUUUGUACCAAUACUCUUUUCAAGGCGAUGUGAAGUGACUGAAGAGCUAAGAAAGAAGAAUAACAAUCUACUGCCUACACAGAGAGGCCAGUUGCACACACAGAAGUCAGACCAGUGCAAUAAGCAAAGCACUGAAGAAAGAGAAGAUAAAGUAAAAAGGGAAAAACUGGGAGAAAACUAAGCAAGGAGGGAGAUCCAAGAGUCAAGCUGCAGCCAGCCAGAGCCAGUGGAAUGGACCUCGGUGCCAGUUGGAUUAAUCCCCGCGUACCCGCAGUGCUGUCUGAGGAGGAGGGCUGAGGAUCGGCUGCAACAACAACAAACUCCUGAAUGAGGAUGAAUGGAGAUGUUCUUUAGCUAAGCCUGAAGAAAACACUCUUGCCAAAUCCACCUCUGUGUGAGCUGGGACAGCACUCGCUAACAGCUGGAGGAGGUGGUGGAGGUGGUGGAGGAGGUGGAGGAGAGGAGCCAGGGGGCCCAGAGCACUGCUGGUGCUACUGCCCCAGAGGAGAGGCAAGGGAGCGGGCAGGACACUGAGGAGGAACAGGCUCCGGAGGAGGGACACGAGGGAGGGGGCGAGGUGGCGGGUGGCGGGCGUCGCAUGGCCGUGCAGAGGCUGGUGGCGGCGGCGGUGGCAGUAGCCCUGCUGUCCCUGGUCCUAAACAAUGUUGCAGCCUUCACCCCCAGCUGGGUCCUGCAAGCCCUAGAGGAUGGACGCAAGCGGAGUGUGGGACUAUGGAGGAUGUGCCCCACUGGAGGGGAAAGGGGCCGUGAUGACCUCCACACUGGGAGAAGGGGGCAAGGGACACAGAGGCAGUGUGAGGGUCUUGGAUGGGGUUCUGAGUUUGCAGGCUACCAAGAGUCCCGCAGCACUGUCAAAUUGCAGUUUGACAUGAUGCGAGCAUGUAACCUGAUGGCAACGGUGGCCCUGACUGCUGGUCAGCUGAUCUUCCUUCUAGGCCUGAUUGAGCUGCCUUUCAUCACACAGGAAUCACAGUGGUGGGAGGAGGCCAUCGCUGCACUCUUCCAGUUAGCCAGUUUUGUGCUGGUGAUUGGACUUGUGACGUUCUACAGGAUUGGGCCCUACACACACCUGUCCUACUCCUGCUACUUGGACAUAGCUGCUUGCCUGCUGGCCACGAUGGCUGCGGCCAUGCUUAUCUGGAACAUUUUACACCGCCGUGAUGACUGCCUCGCACCUCGAGUUAUAAUUAUCAGUCGCUCACUGGCGUCACCUUUCAGCCCACGUCUAGAAAAUGACUAUGUGGAGUCGCCUUGUUGAGCCACGUGACCUCAAGAGCCGAGCCAUUAAGGACUAAACCAUUCAUGUGUUACACCAGCUGGUGCCUCCAAUAUGACUCUGAAGAGAAGGGGACACUCCUGUGGCUCUACAACGGCUAAACUAACAUGUACCUGCAUACUCUAUACUUCACAACUCCUACCACCAUAAACUAAGAUAUCAGAUGUUAUUUUGCUGCUUAGUGCACAAAAGUCACAGAUGUAAGAUUUAAAAUUAAUGUACAAAGCAGCCCUAAACUUCCAAAUAUAUAUAAAUACUGUAUGAUGUCUCAGUUAUUCAUGCUUGGGUGAGCUAAGUGGUAAACAUGGAAUUGGGACUAUAACUCUCUUAUAAUCUUCUCAUGAAAAGAUCAAGCUGGAACUUGACCUAUUUUGUUAUAAGUGCACUUAUUAAAUGCCCUGCAUAAUUAUAAAUUGGAAAUUAUGAAAGAUGUGUGAAAUAUAACACCAGAAUACCUCAUAUUUGUUUCCAUCCUUUUAAAGCUGAUUACAAAUUUUAAUACAUAUAAAUGUUAACAUAUGUGUUACAAUUAAAUAAGUAAAAUAAGGUAAAAGCAGAGGAGUCAGUCAACCUCAGCAAACCUGUUGAUAGGGCCAAUCCAAAUUACUGGCAACGAGAGGUGAUAUUCUGAUCAAAUGAACACGUACCUACUCAAAGAUAUAAGGGAAUAUUCUCUCUCUCUUUAAGCAGUAUUUGUUGAAUCCAUGGUAACGGAUGUUUUGGUGAUGUACUGGGUUUUGAAAUGACAAACAUUUCAAUACUUACGUUCAUUUUUCAUGAUGCUUUUCGUAUGAAACUCUGCUCGCUUGUGGUACAUGUAUACUUAAAUUAAUAUAAUAUAGUUGUGUAAAGAAUAGUGCUAUCAUUAGUAGCGGUAUUAUUGUGACCAUAUCAUUCUUCUGCAAAGAACUCCAGGCUAUCUGUGAAUCAUCCACAAUGCCAAACAUAGGGGCACAUUAAAAUAAUAAUAUAUCAUAUAAAUUCAAUAAAUUUAUUGGUAAUUAUUCAAACAGUGAAUGUUGCUGUUUUGGUGUCCAUCACUACCCCUAAUACAGAACUUUAUGAAAGUAAUUUUUCAAAUAUUUUAUCACAGAUAUGUUUUCCCAAUGAACCUCCAUGCUUAACCCUCAAGAUUUGUU